AUGAAAAAUGACCUCGCUGGGCCCGAGCUUGAGCACUUCAACAACAUGGUGAAGUGUAUGUAUUGGUUGGGCGAAUUUUUCAACCUCGUGGAAAAGUUUCCUCGCUUCUUAGACUGGGAUCAGCGACGAGCCUUGAUCGAGGACAAAUGCUGUGCACCCUAUGCUAUGCUUGCCCAGAGGGCCGCUCAGUCUGGGCAGCUUCUCUGGGUCUUGCGACCAAAGCAUCAUGGGUGGCAAGAGAUUGCCUUUGCGGCCUAUCUGGACGGCUUGGACGUGGCAUCCGGCGCCAAGGUGGCUGGUGAGAUCGAGGGCACGGAGCAGGCGGCAAGCAUGGCGGUGACCGCAGCGCCGCCGCAGGAGUUGCCGAUGGGGGACGUCGAAACCCUGGUGGUCUCCUGCAACAAGGAUGGCAUGGAUCGGCUGCGCCAGGGGGAUGUGAAAUCAGCCUUCGAGCAGUUCAAGUAUGCAGAAGCGAUUCUGCUGGCAAACCAGAUGGAAGGCGACAGCACUUCCUUACUGGCCACAACCUGCAACAACUUGGGUUGCUACUACAAGAAGGUUGGGAAGUUUCACGGCGCCUUGGGCUACCUCCGAAGGGCGCUGAAGCUCGAGGUCGAGCUGAAGACCGACGAGGUGACCUUGGCGGGUACUCAUCUCAACCUUUGUGCUGUGCUCUCCAAAUUGGAGAAGCACGACAAGGCACUUCAGCAUGCCCUCGUCGCUUUGGACAUGUUGAACAAGAAGAUUGACAAAGUAGACACGCAGGCCAGCCAGGACGAUUACACGAUCCUGUCUAUCGCGUACCACAACGUGGGCUUAGAGCGUGAGCACAUGCAGCAGUGGGACCAGGCGACCAUCGCUUUCCGAACGGGCUACGAAGUGGCGAAGCGUUUCUUAGGUGAGAGCCAUGCCCUAACGGUGACGCUGCUGAAUAACUCCAACGCCGUGCUGAAGAAGUCGAAGGACUUGCAGGAACAGCCAGGAUGCACUGGACCAAAGGCCCGAAGUCUCCAGGCACCCGAAAGUCCCGGCAACACCCAGGAGAAGGCUCUGGAAAGCACCCUGGGCGUCACGCUGCCUCCUCUCGUGCCCAAGGAGAAGGCGCCUAGCAAACGCGGCAAUGCGGACGCAGCAGACUUCCUCAAAAACGAGGAAAUGCUUUGGGCCAACUUUGCAGCCAAGACGCUCCACAGUUCUGGGCCGGCCAUCGAAGACGAUCUGCCCAAGGAGGGAGCUGAGGAGGAGGAUCCUUUGGACAACGACGAUGCCAUAGCCCGGCAUCCGCUAAACAAAGCGGCGCUGGUGUCCAUGCAAGAUCUUGGUCUGAUCCUCCCUUCCGCCUACGACCAAGGGCUGUUCCGCUUUCAGGAGAACCGAGGAAUGAACACGAACCACAACGCAUUGGCCCAGGCGAUGAACGACCAUCCCAAGGCCUUGAUGGACAUCAUCGAUGCCGAGGUGGACUGCGAGCCCUCGAUGUCAGCGCCCAACGACUUCCGCCCGAAUCGCAGCAUGAAGCGAUCCACGCGAACGGCGAAGGUCGUUCGGAGAACUGGUGUGUUCAACUCCACCACCUUCCGGGACAAGGUAAUGAACGAUCGGGAACGGCUUGCCCUCGGGGGCAAAACGGCCACACCCCAGGAGCAGAAUGCGGCUGCUUCCAUCAUUCAAAUCACCUGGCGCAACUGGCACAAGUACCUCCAGGAGAACUCGGAGUGGAUAACGGUCACCUGGAUCUGUGCUACAAUGAUCCAGUCUCAUUGGCGCUCCUACCACGUACGUCGCGUGAAACUGGACAAAAUGGUAACCAACAUCCAGAAGAUCGUCCGGGGAGUUCUGGUGCGAAGAGCCAUGCGUCAGCAUCGCGCUGCAGUGACGAUACAGAAGCGAAUGGUUGGCAUCCUCACGCGGAUGCGCAUGAAGCGACUCGCGGAGGCGGCGACGAACAUGCAGCGCUUGGCCCGGGGUUUCCUUGCCCGGCGCCGAUUCCAGCGCUUCUACACCUUCAAGGUCUCCAAGGUCAUCUGCAUUGAGCGCUUCGUGCGCGCGCGGCUGGCGAAGAAGCGCAUCGCCGAGAAGCGCGAGGAGUUUGAGCAGCAAAGAUUGCUGGACAAGGCCUCCAUCGACCUACAGCGCCUCUAUCGCGGCUGGAAGGGCCGCGCGGUCGCCUACGCCCGGUACACGGAUGCCAUGCAGCACAAGUUGGAGUUCGACUCCGCAACUAGGAUCCAGUCACUCUACCGCGCGCGGAAGGCUCGGAAGCGAGUUGACAACUUGCGCGACCAGCGCCUGAAGGAGAUGGAGGGGGCAGCCACCUACCUGCGGAAGAUGUGGCUUGGAGCUCAAACCCGCGCGCAGUACUUGAAACUGAAGCGGGACUUCGAGAGGGCCGAGAAGACGAUCAUCACGAUCCAGCGCUACACCCGAGGUUGCCUCUGCAGGGGAAAGCUUUGGCGUGAAGCCGUGGCAGAGGAAGAGCGCGUUUGGGCUGCCAUCGAGAUCCAGCGCCGGUGGCGUGGCUACCGGGGCCGCGUCAGAUGGGAGAAUAGCCUGGAGCAACUCUGGCGCCAAGAGAUGGCGGCAGCGAUGCUGCAGCGAAACCUCCGCGGUUGGGUCGCGCGCGCGAAGAUCGCCAAGCGGAAACGGAAGGCUGCCAGAGAGGAGUUUGAGAAGGCGCGACGCCGCUUCUUCGCGGCACAGAAGGUUCAGGCGCGGAUGCGGGGCAUCCGUACCCGCAAAAUCGUCCACGCCCGCCUCGCGCGGGCCAACCACGCCGCUGCAAAGAUCCAAAGCGUUCACCGAGGUGGCAUGGUCCGUGCACGGCUUUGGGACCAGGUCCGCGGACAGCGGGCGGUGCUCGCACAGGCCCUCGUGCGUGGUUUCCUCGUGCGGCGGCGCCUGCGCAAGCUGCGGGAGAAGGUGACCUUCAUCCAGCAGAUCUACCGAAAGUGGCGGACUCUGCCGAAGAUGCGGCGGCUCAUUCACUUGCGGCACGCCGUCCUCCGAAAGCGCCAGGCUACUGUUAUUCAGCGCUUCUGGCGCCAGCAUGCUGAAAACAAGCGUGUGAAACAGAUCCGAGAGGAGCGUGAGAAAGAGAGCCCUCCCGCCCCUGCCCCUGCAGCCGGAGAUGGAGGAGAUGAUUCAGAGCCCCCUGAAGAUUUCUGA